AUGCGACCCGAGCGCACGGAGAAGCGGGGAGAAAUCUUCCCUCCCUCCCUGCCGCAGGUGUCUCCGGAGCAGGUGAUCCUGUCCCACAGCCCGCUGCGGCUCUUCAGCCAGUUCCAUCAGAAGUGCAUGCUGGUGGCCGGGCCGGGGCCCGUGGGGGAGGACNGAAAUAGCCUGGGCUUCAAGCAUGUGGUCACCAUAGAGGCACUGAGGAAGGCAUAUCCCCUGUUAGACAUGGUGGAUCAGAGCCGGCGGCCAAAAGAGCUGCCUCCUCCAACCACUGGCUUCCCCACUAUAGAAGGGGUGAUUCUGUUUGGUGAGCCAGUGAGGUGGGAGACAAGCCUGCAACUUAUUAUUGAUGUUCUCCUGAGCAACGGGAACCCUGGGGCAGAGCUGCAAGAUAUUCCGUACCCCCAUCUGCCCGUCCUCGCCUGCAACAUGGAUCUCCUGUGGAUGGCCGAAGCCAAGAUGCCCAGGUUUGGCCAUGGCACUUUCCUUCUCUGCUUGGAGAACAUCUACAAGAAAGUGACAGGGCGGGAGCUGAAGUACGAGGCCUUGAUCGGCAAACCCAGCACGGUCACCUACCGCUACGCCGAGCACUUGAUCAAGGAGCAGGCAGAGAAGCAGGGCUGGACGUCUCCCAUCCGACGCCUCUAUGCAGUUGGGGAUAACCCUAUGUCUGAUGUCUAUGGGGCAAACCUCUACAACAGCUACCUCAAGUCAGCUCACCAGAACCAGGUCCAGGCUGGGGUGAAGAGGAGCCCGCAGGCAGCCAGUCCCCAAACUGAGGAUCGCCUUGAGCUGAGGAAGGACUGCAGUAGUUUGGUGGAGAGUUGCGAGUCGAUUCUGGUCUGCACUGGGGUCUACCGCCACAACGCAGAUGUUCCCAGCAGCGCGGAGGAGCACGCGAUGGAGACGGUGUUCCAUGGCCACCGGGACUUCUGCUUUGACCCCAGCCUGGUGAAAGCAUCUUACGUAGUGCAGGAUGUGAAUGAUGCUGUGCAACUUGCUUUCAAGAAGGAGAACUGGAGCUAG